AUGGCUAGUGCACAAAUAAAAACGGAUGGCACACAUGAACUUGUAAUCGAAGAAGAGGCUGGUAUAAUUCAACGUAAUAUCCAACAAAAUUCACCAUCAACAAAUGAAAAACGCAAGCAAUACGAAGAUAAUCUAGUGGAGUCACCUAGAAAAUGUAUUCAUAAUUCUGAUGGAAAUCGUUGUUUAAUUAAAGAAAACAAGCAGUCUUCAUUAUCCGUACCAUUUUGGAAGACUUUAAAUCGUCAGCAAUCAUCAUUUCAGUUUCAAUCCAAUCAAAUUGGUUAUUUUUCAUUACUUAAUCGAAAAGAUGACAAAGAAUGUUUUGAAGAUAAACGUUAUCUUCGUGUUUACAAAUAUUCACUUCAAACACUCAAUGUUAAUUUUGAUUUGAAAGUUGGCGAAUCAGAUUUUAAUUCUGAAGGGCAAAGCAAAAAUAUUGAUGCAAUGCUCUGGUGGACAUCACGGCAUAAACAAGAUAUAUUCAGAGAUGAUAAAUUUACAUUUGAUUUCCUUUCGUGGCGUGGUGUUCUUCGUCUUAUUAUGUUUUCAAUUUUUGAAAAACAUUCCGAUUGGUUACUGGCUGUAAUAAAAUUUAAGAAUGCUUUUUUUCUCUGCGAAUAUGUAACAGAUAUGCAAGUAAAAGACGAACAAAAUAUGACUCCUGAACAUCGUUCAUUUUGUUAUUAUGGUCAUAAAUUCGAAGAAUAUGUUACUAAAAAACCUUUAGAUAACACAUCAACUGAACCUAUCACUCCUUCAACACAAUUUGCUGGAGUAUUUCAAGGAAAUAUUGGCUCGUACCGUUUAUUGUAUGGUGCUGAAAUGGAUUGUAUCGUAGAACAAUCAUUAUCAAUGACUGAAAAUAUUGAACUUAAAAUUUCCGCUGGGAAAUCACUAAACGAUCUACCAUUUCAACACAAUCGUAAAUUUGCUAAAUGGUGGCUCCAAUGUUUUCUUGUUGGUAUUAAAACAAUGGUAAUUGGUUUACGAGAUAAUAAUGGUAUUGUCAAUAGUCUUGAACCACUAAGUAUAGCAGACAUUGAACGAGCAACACAUACAUGGAAUCGUUAUUCAUUUUUCAACUUCUUUCUACUUUUUGCUCAAUUUCUUAAAGAAAAUGUUACAGAUGAAUACUCAAUGAAUCAUAAGGACGUUGUUCUAUUUCGUUUCAUACCAUCUUCUCAAACAAUAAGCAUGACAAAGUCAUCUGAUUCAAAAUAUCAUUUUCUUCCUGAUUGGUUUUACAAUCAAUUUAUUUAA